UCCCGGCUCCGGUGGGCCGUGUCGACCGUCAGCUCAACAUUACCCUAAACCCCCCCAAACCCUCUCCCGCCGCGGAGAGAAAUCCAUGGCGGUGGACAAGCCCGGCGGCGGCGGCGGCGGCGGGGCCUCGUCCUCCACGCCCUCGCCCGCCUCGACCACGGACCGCUUCCUCAAGAUCGUGCUCAGCUGGGACUACCUCCGCAUCGUCGCCGACUCCAAGGGCGCGGACAAGGCCAAGGGGCUGCAGCACGUGAAGAACAGCUACGCCUCCGUGGAGGAGUACUUGGGCGUCUUCGAGCCGCUGCUCUUCGAGGAGGUCAAGGGGCAGAUCCUCCAGGGCCGCCGCAACGAGGAGGAGGAGGAGGACGAGGUUGGGCUGGACUGGCAGAGAGGGGCGGUGGCAUCAUGUGCAGAGUCCGAGGGUUUCCACAAGUUGUCCAUGGUGGUGUCCGAUGGCCUCCGUGACAUUGUGUGUGAGAAUGACCUCCUCCUGCUCUCCAAAGAGAAAUUUGAGGAGGGAGUGAAUCCUACCGCGUAUGCCUUUGCCGUGGUGGAACAGCGAGGUGGUAAAGAUAACCUCUCUCUUAGAACAUUUGUGGCGGGGGAAAUAAAAAAUCUAAAUGUUGCACGGCCUGUGAAGUCUUCAAGGCUGCAGCGCUUUGCUUCCAUUUUGUCAACACCAAAUAGCUUUCUGUGGAUUUUAAAGAUGUGCAGUUUAUCUACCAUACUGCGAGAGUACUCUGGAAUGCACUCUGUAGCUUCACAUCCUUUUAAGGAUUUGAUUCUUUCAGCUUCUGAGAACAACAGAGAUGGAAAUGAUCAAAAUCGUGCUUGGAAUGUACCUCAGCCACUUAUGGAUUACCUGAAAACAAAUCUUAAUGGUUCACAGCUAGAUGCAGUUAAUGCAGGUCUUUCGCGCAGAUCCUUUGUCCUUAUUCAGGGCCCACCAGGAACUGGAAAAACACAAACGAUCCUUGGACUGCUCAGUGCUGUUCUCCAUUCCGCUCCUGCAAGAAUGCAGACUAGAGGAGGGUUUGAUGUUCAAAAGCAUGGGCCAGAGCUGGACAUAGAGAGCAAGCACGCAAACUGGAUGAAAGCAUCUCCAUGGCUAAUUGGUGCAAAUCCUCGAGAUUUGAUUAUGCCUGUCGAUGGUGAUGAUGGUUUUUAUCCUACUGGGAAUGAUCUGAAACCUGAAGUCGUAAGUUCCAAUCGCAAGUAUCGUGCCCAUGUGUUGGUCUGUGCUCCAUCCAACUCAGCACUUGAUGAGAUUGUAUUGCGUGUUCUUCAAACAGGAAUACGUGAUGAAAAUAACAACACUUACAAUCCCAAGAUUGUGCGUAUUGGAUUAAAGGCGCAUCAUUCUGUCAAAGCAGUUUCCAUGGAUUACCUUAUACAACAAAAACAAUCUGGGGUGGCAUCAGAUGGCGGGAGACGAGGAGCUGGUGAACAGGAUCGAAUUAGAGCUUCACUUCUUGACGAAGCAGCUAUUGUGUUUUCUACCCUCAGUUUCAGUGGAUCGGCCAUUUUCACCAGGAUGACUCGUGCUUUUGAUGUUGUUAUAAUUGAUGAAGCCGCGCAAGCUGUAGAACCAGCGACUCUUGUGCCCCUGGUUCAUGGAUGCAGACAAGUUUUUCUUGUUGGUGACCCAGUUCAGUUACCUGCAACUGUAAUUUCAAAGACUGCUCAGAACUUAGGGUAUCGAACAAGUUUGUUCCAGAGAUUUCAAGCUGCUGGUUUUCCCGUGCAAAUGCUCAAAAUUCAGUAUCGUAUGCAUCCAGAGAUUAGUGUAUUCCCUUCAAAAGAAUUCUAUGAAGGCAUCCUAGAAGACGGGGAAGGGCUCAACAAAAAACGUCCAUGGCAUUCCUACAGCUGCUUCGGACCAUUUUGCUUCUUUGAUGUUGAUGGGGUUGAAUCUCAGCUGUCUGGAAGUGGUUCGACGGUGAACGAGGAUGAAGUGGAAUUCAUAACCCUCCUAUAUCACCAAUUGGCCAUGCGCUAUCCAGAACUCAAAUCUAGUUCUCAAGUAGCUGUUAUAUCACCAUACAGGGGUCAGGUGAAACUCCUGAAGGACCAUUUCCGGUCGACCUUUGGCGACCAAUCAAAGGAAGUUAUAGAUGUAAACAGCGUUGAUGGAUUCCAGGGCCGUGAAAAGGAACUUGUCAUUUUCUCAUGUGUUCGAUGCAAUAAGGAGCAAAAUAUUGGGUUUGUUUCUGAUUUUCGGCGAAUGAAUGUUGCCAUCACCAGAGCUAGAUCUGCUGUACUUGUAAUAGGUUCCGCUUCAACAUUGAAGAAAGAUAAACACUGGACCAACCUUGUUGAGAGUGCCAAAGAGCGAAACCGUUAUUUCAAGGUGCCAAAGCCAUUCACUGCGUUCUUCACCGAGGAUAGUUUCAAAUCCAUGAAGGUGGAAAGACCUGUUCCAGACGCGAGGAUAUCACAGGCAGUAGAAGCCAUCAAUGAAGUGGUUGCAAGGCAAGAAGUGAUGGACGCAGACGAUGCUGGGGACCAUCAAGCGGAUGGAGAUGAUUAUGACGCCAUGGAGGCUGACGAUGGAGGAGGUGGUGAUGAUUAAUUGUUGCCUGCAAUGUAUUGCUGGAGGGGGAGCUUUAUCAGAGGCCAGGUACAUAACAUAGAAGAGCAAAAAGCUUUGCAAGUUAGAAAUUCUGCUAUUCUUAGCAAAUUUUAGGGGGGAAGAGGCUGGUGCAUGCCUGCCUUGCCCAACGAAUCAUCUACGCGAACUCCAUGCAUACAUUAUGGAACAAAAAAAGUUAACCGCAGAACUGCAGCAGCUCUGGCUUCUGCUGUGUCUAUAUGCUUAUA